AUGCCCACUACUCUCACUUUUCUCGCCACAUGCACUCCGCCCUGUAACACUCGGACUUGGCAAAGCACCCCUCAUCCCCAUCUACCCAUUGUCGCGACUGCAUGCUCAGACAAGACUGUGCGGAUCUACUCAUUACAGAACUUCCAACAACUAUCUACAAUUUCUGGAGGACAUAAGCGGUCGAUAAGGAGUUGUGCGUGGAAGCCCAAUAGUCUCGGCGAGAGUGUUCUCGCGACUGGGAGUUUCGACAGCAGCGCUGGAAUAUGGAGGCGAUGGGAGGGUGAGAAUGCUGCUGGGACGGGGAAGGGACAGGAAGUAGACUUCACGGCUGGACUAUCGGGUGGGAACGGUGCUCAGGAUGACGAGGACGACGACGAGUGGAGGUUUGCUGUUGUUCUCGAUGGUCACGAUUCAGAGAUCAAGAGUCUAGCUUUUGCACCAACAGCACCUCUUCUGGCCACAUGCAGCAGAGACAAGAGUGUAUGGAUAUGGGAAGAACUAGAGGACGACAACUUCGAGACUGUCGCUGUGCUGCAGGAGCACGAAGGAGAUGUAAAGUGUGUGGCUUGGCAUCCUAAGGAGGAAUUACUGGCGAGUGCGAGUUACGAUGACAAUAUCAGGUUAUGGAGAGAGGAUGUGGACGACUGGGCAUGCUGUGCUCUGAUGACAGGGCAUGAGGGCACGGUGUGGUGGGUGGAGUUUGAGGACGCCAACGGCAUCUACACUCUUGGGUCGCAAGAAAAUCUGAACGAGGAGCAACAAGCUUAUGUGGCUACGAGACUGGAGGCGGGACCACGACUGAUCUCCUGCUCAGAUGAUACGACAAUCAGGAUAUGGAGGAAGGCUUCCAAGAAUAAGCCUGCAGCUAGUGGAGCGAGGAUGCCGAGUAUUUGGAAGAAUAGAGAUUUCGAGGAGGAAUGGCUAGAGGAGGCAAGGCUGCCGCAGGUUCAUGAAAGGCCCGUGUACAACGUUUCGUGGAGCCGGAAGACGGGAAGGGUGGUUAGCACGGGCAGUGAUGGCAAGAUUGUUGUUUACGAGGAGAGGUGGCGAAAGGAUGGUGCUGAGAAGAAUGAGGACGUUGUGAUGGCUGAGGGCACGUCUGCAUCGGAGUCGUCAAAAUCUGUCACGGAAGAAGUCAACGGACAGGAUGGUCAUCGAAAUGCAACAGAAUGGAUAGUGGUGGCAGAAGCAGAGAAUGCGCACGAUGUGUUCGAAGUUAAUCACGUUGUGUGGGCGCCAAGAGCAGACAAGGGUAAGACUACGGACGACGAAGAAGUCAUCAUCAGCACGGGGGACGAUGGCGAAGUGAAGAUCUGGACGUUGUCGGAUUGA